UAACCAGGAUAUCAAACUCGAAGCCAAUCAUUCAGCAAGCGAUCGUCCAACGAGUCACAUCAUCACCACAUCUCUAUAAGAGUCGUAUCAGCCAAAUUCAUACAAAUGGAGAACUCAGCUAGCUACACCCACAAGAAGUUCGCCGUCAGCAAGCGGAAACGGGACGUGGACCAGGACAAGGAGAACCUAACUCAGCAGUCGGAGCAGCCGAUCUUCAAACGCCGCCAGACACAGGGAUUCUUCCGACCGUGGUUGGAUAACGAGCAAAACCAACAGAGGGAGAAGGAGACGUCACCAGUGGCCAAGCCCAGUGGCCCCGGCUCCUCGGUCAGCCAGUACCGCGCCAACAUGGUGCGCCGUAGCCAGACCCAUCGCCAGCGAAGCCCCAAGGAGCAGAUGCGUCGGGAUCGCAACACCCUGGCCUGCCUCCUCAGCCGGCGGGCCAAGCAGGCCCAGGAGGAGCAAGUGGGUCAGCAGUACGAGCAGUACCGUAGCCACCAUGCCGCCAUGCUGGAGCAGCAGGUGCGCCUGAGCCUCUACUACCGCCACCUCCUCCAGCAGGCGGUGUUCCAGCGCGCCAUCAAUCCCGCGCCGGGUCACAUCCUGCCCCAGCAGCAACAGCAGUUCCUCCAGCAGAUGGCCCUCUCCCAGCAGAUGCUCAUCUUUGGGGGCCAGCACUGCUGACCUUCCCAGCAUCAUAAUCAGCGACUAUGGAUAGCCAAUCAUGUGAUUUAGUUUAUUAAGCCCCAAUUAUUAUUAUUUAUUGUUG